AUAGUUGCACACCAGGCAAGGGACGAGAGAAACGAGAGCUUAGGGAGUUGAUUAGCGCGAAAGCAUGGAUUUUCGCCUAGUGUUUAAGCUGUUCUUGGUUUGUUUAUUAGGUGAAGUCUUGAUGGCAGAAGGGUUGGCAUGCAACUGGGGAACGCGGGUAACGCAUCCCCUUCCGCCUGAUAUAGCGGUGAAGCUAAUGAAAGACAAUGGAAUUGACAAGGUGAAGCUGUUUGAAGUCGUGCCUGAUGUCAUGGGGGCUCUCGGCAACUCAGGAAUUCAGGUGAUGGUAGGGAUACCAAAUGAUAUGUUGGCUUCCUUGGCAAGUAGUGUUCGGGUUGCUGAGGAUUGGGUAACCCAAAAUGUUUCCAGAUAUGUUUCCAGGAAUGGCGUGGACAUAAGGUACGUCGCAAUCGGGAAUGAACCGUUUCUGAAAACCUACAAAGACAUGUUCACCCAAACAAUAUAUCCAGCACUUGAAAAUAUCCAAGCUGCCCUGAUCAAAGCAGGUUUAGGCAGACAAGUCAAGGUAACCAUCCCAAUCAAUGCAGAUGUGUACCAAUCAGAUAGUGGCAUGCCAUCAGGAGGCAACUUUCGCCCUGACAUCCAUGGUUUGAUGAUCUCAAUUGUAAAAUUCUUAAGUGACAAUGGAGGCCCUCUGACCAUUAACAUAUACCCUUUCCUUAGUCUCUAUGCUGACCCUCAUUUUCCAGUCGACUUUGCCUUCUUUGAUGGCGCUGCAGCCCCUGUAGUUGAUGGAGGCGUCACCUACGGCAAUGUCUUUGAAGCCAAUUAUGACACUCUAGUUUGGAGCCUGGAGAAAAAUGGCUUCCCAAAUUUGCCUAUUAUUGUUGGCGAGGUUGGAUGGCCAACAGAUGGCGACGUCAAUGCAAACAUAGAAAAUGCUCGUAGAUUCAAUCAAGGUCUGCUCAACCGCAUAAAUCAAGGCAAAGGAACGCCAAAAAGGGCAAGCCCGCCUGAUAUUUACCUGUUUGCUCUCAUUGAUGAAGAUGCCAAGAGCACAGAACCAGGCAACUUCGAGAGGCAUUGGGGCAUAUUCUACUACGAUGGAAGCAUCAAAUACCCCUUAAAUUUGGCCAACAACAAGAAUCUCACAGCUGCCAAGGGCGUUCAAUAUUUGUCCAGGCAAUGGUGUGUCAUGAGGCCUGAUGCUGACCCUUCGGAUCCCAAUCUGCCACAGAGCAUAAACAAGGCCUGUACCUAUGCAGACUGCACAAGCCUUGGAUACGGAUCGUCUUGUGGGGGCCUGGAUGUUAGAAACAAUGCUUCUUAUGCAUUCAACAUGUAUUUUCAGACCAUGAAUCAGACGAAAGGGUCGUGCGACCAGUUCUCCAAUUUGUCGGUGAUCACUUCCAUCGAUCCUAGUACUCGAAUUCGGGGCGGCGCAUGUCGAUUUGAGAUCAUGAUCGACAUUGGAAAAGGCGGGAAGACUCGAAAACCUACCACUUCAUCAGCCGGAAGAAUGUAUAAUUCAAUCUUUGCCUCGUCCUUUCUGCUUGGACUGCUAGCUUUUGUCACUUAGUCCUACGUUGAUUGCAACCUACGCUGAAUAGAAUUUGGAUAUUCUUUGGCUACACUAUGCUUGAUUAGCGGAGUUGUUUUGUUGUUUUCCCGUUUACGUCCAUGCAUGAAUGUAACUUGUUUUUGUUCUUUUUUCCACCUUGUGGAACUAUGGAGAAGCUCUUGAAAAUGCAAGUAUGGAAACAGUUUCGAUUGGCUUGUG